AUGCUGUUAUACAGAUAUGCGCCCGGGCUUCGAGUGCGAUUGGUCCUCUCUGUUCGUCGACUGUCAACCACCACUUUUGGAUUGUCUUCAAUAGACCAUAAAGUAUCGUAUCUACUGAAAGACAACAAAGACGUCAACAUAGCGCAUCUGCAUUUAGACAGAACUGAAAGUCUGAUUUUUUUCAAUGAACUUAUUGCCAAGCAUAAGAUCAACUUUAAUGACAUCAGAGUUCAUGGUAUUGGCAAACUAAUGAAAUUUUUACCAUUCAUGAAUUAUACUGGAUUAGUGUUAAUUAAGAAUUGUGGAAUUCUUAAUUCUGAAUGCGAGUCUCAAAUUGAUAACAUUUAUCUCAACAGAUACACCGACAAAAUGAGAUUAUUAACUAUUGAUAUAUUGUUAUUUUAUCAAUGUUAUCGAGAAGCAUAUAAAUUUGUGAAAUUAUACGAAUCGAAAGUUCCUUCAUCAGGAUCGUCCUCCAAUUUGUCUAAAUAUAAAUUCAAGUUAUCCAAGUUUAAAAAUUUUGAAGACAUGUCGAUCUCCGCAUCUGAGAUUGUGGAGAAUAACAUUGUUCAUAUCUACUUAAGGGAAUUGUUGAAAUCUGAACAUUACACACUUAGUGAGAAAUUCAAAUAUUAUCUUCUUAUAUUGUACAAAACAUUGGAAGUUUAUCCAAACUUGUCCAAAACACAAAUAUCAAGCUUAAACUCAACAUUUUUUGCAUUGUUAUAUAGACAGAAGGCCAUUCCUUAUUCGAUAUACCUUUCAUAUUUUGUCAAAUUAUAUCCGAAAUCAACCUCCCUUCUUCAAGAGUUAGGGCUACUAACAAACGAUUCUAACUCAAAGGGGCCGGUUUUUAUAGGAAAUUUGGAGCAAGUGAAUAUUAGAAGAGAAUUGGUUCAAAGCAAAACGUACCCAUAUAUGGAGGAUUUAUCUUUGCUAUUCACAAAGUAUCUUUAUGAAAACUUGCCAAAUAGAUCACAGCUGAAAACUUUAUUCAAGACUUACAUUCGAGUAGUUUCAAAAUAUCAGAAAACCGAAAAGUUUUUAUCGCAAAAUCCGGCUUAUAUAUUUGAAGUUCACCCCUUUUCUAAGUUCUUUCAUGAUAGUUCAAUAUUAUCCACUUUUGUUGAUUACUGCUUCAAUGAAAGAUUCACAUCCUUGAUGAAGCCACUUACAGCUUCGAAUUUGAUAGAGAAAUUCUAUGCAUCUUUGGAUAUUAUUAAUGUUGAUCAUUAUAAAUCAAAAAUUCAUCAUACUCACAUAAGUCAACUGGACAGGUUAGUUAAAUACUUUUUACAUAUAGAUGAUCCAAGGGGUGACAUAACAAGAGCCAUAGAAUUGGUGAAAAUUUUGACUGAUGCAAAUAUUUACCUAUCCGGUGACACCUACAUUUCAGUUGUUAGGGCACUUUAUAAAUUAGAUUGUAUUGAGGAUGGUACCAAUCUUUAUAACUACUUUAAGGAUCACCCUCAGAUUUCAACUAGAAUAAAACAGUCUGAUAUAUCCUAUAUUUGCUGUAGGUAUAAAUUGCCAUACCCAAAGCCCAUAUUAAGAGAGAACCAUCUAAGACAACAUGAUCCAUUUUCUCUAGAGUUUAACCACGGCUUCUUAAAGGGUGAACUAGCACCUGAAAAUAUUGUCAAGCGACUGGACAGUCAACUAGCGAUAAGAACAAAACAUUAA